AUGUACCAUGGAGAGAUGAAGUGCAAGGAGCAAGGCAGUGACGGGGUCGCUACAGGUCAAGCGUUCGUGACAGGUAAGAGGAAGAGUAGUGAACGGCCAUUCAAGAAUACUGGCGCGUGCAACUACUGCGGUAAGAUGGGUCAUUGGAUCGUGGAAUGUACCUCAUGGAUCCAUGACAAAGUGGAUCGGCAGCGUCUGCAGCGUGCAAAUGUGGCGCACCACCAAGAUGAAAACUUGAACGAUUUCCUCUAUGCAGCUGGAGUGGAGAGCAACGACGAGGGCAACGUCAAGAAUACAGCAUGGUUCAUAGACUCUGGUGCGACGCACAACAUGUAA